UUCAAGGCAGGCCUGGACACGAGUGCCGUUGCUUUUGGUAGCUUUGACGAGGCCGCCAACCAUGCCUCAGGUUUUGGCGUGCUGAAGAUUGAAACCAACCCAUCGGCUUCAGACCAUGACCAAUACUUUGCGGCCGGCUUCCUCGAGGGCUUCCUCACCAACAAGGGCAUUUAUGAUCAGUAUAUCAAUGUGGCCUCGAGCAUGUCCUCCUUGAAUAACGGCAUUCCCGAGCCUCUGCUCAAGUUUCUCGCCGCUCAAUUCAACUGGACGCGCUCUCAGGUGGCCGCCAACCAGGAUGACGUCUUUUGGCAACAGGUCGGCCUUAUUAUGGCCCAAUACGACGGUCUGCGUGCGGGUUACGGUGCCAACGUCUAUGACAAACACGUGCUCCCCGAAUUCGCCUUUCAACUUCUCAACGGCAACGGCGACUUUUUCGAUAUCAUCCCCAAGGCCGUUGACGUCACCAAGAUGAGCAGCCGUGAAUUCCACGACUGGCGCAUGCGCAACGGACGUUGCUCCGCUUUGAUCAAGCUCACUGGCGACUUUUCGGAUCUGUUUAUGAGUCACUCGGCCUGGUACAUUUAUCAAGCCAUGAACCGCAUUUACAAGCACUGUGCGUCAUACAACUUCCAGGCAACCAUCACCCACGCCAAGAAGAUUAGCUUCUCCUCCUACCCGGGCUACCUCGAGUCGCUCGAUGACUUUUACCUCAUGUCCAGCGGUCUUGUCAUGCUGCAAACCACCAACAACGUUUUCAACACUGACCUCCAGCAGUACAUCCAGCCCGAGUCCCUUCAGUCAUGGAUUCGCAUUCGUACUGCCACGGCGUUGGCACAGACCUCAGAGGAUUGGGCGGAGCUGGCCGGUCGCCACAACAGCGGAACCUACAACAACCAGUACAUGGUGAUGGAUCUGAACAAAUUCACGCCGGGCCAGCCGCUCUUGGAUGGUACACUCUAUGUGGCGGAGCAAAUCCCCGGCACCUGGGAGUAUGCCGAUGUGACCAAGAUGUUGUCCCUUGGUUAUUGGCCUUCGUACAAUGUUCCCUUCUUUGAGAAGAUUUACAACCUCUCGGGCUACCCGGCUGUGGUCAAGCAGCACGGCACGGAUGACUCAUACGAGCUGGCGCCGCGCGCCAAGAUUUUCCGCCGUGACCAGACUACUGUGGUUGAUCUCGAUUCUUUCAAGGCCAUCAUGCGCUACAAUGAUUACAAGAACGAUCCUUACGCCAAGGGCGAUCCGUACAACGCCAUUUGCUCGCGUGGUGAUCUCGAGAGCGAUAGUCCCUCCCCUGGCGGUUGCUACGACACCAAGGUCACGACAUACUCGAUGGCUCUCAAACUGCAGAGCCAAGUCAUCAACGGUCCUACGACGUCGCACGGACUGCCGCCGUUUUCUUGGUCUCAGUUCCCCAACGCCUCGCACCUGGGCAUGCCAGAGGUGUUCAACUUUACCUUUGAGACCAUGGAUGCGGGUUGGUAAGCCGUUCCAGACCAUUCUAGGCGUUUGUACACAGACGCACGGCUUGAAAAUCCGAUGACAAUUGCAGAUCACAAUCGC